AUGGCCCAGCUUUUGGUAACUGACAGCAGUCUUGAGCCUGAGAAGCCUGUCGCCGAGAGCGACGUCGACUCUACGAAGGUGAUGACUCCUGUCGGUGGCGCUGUGAUCUUUGAAGAGGUCAAAAUCCCUCACACAGCUGCAAUCCUUCCUGAAAGAGAGAAGAUUUGGCGGCGCCCUUCCCCCAUUCUGUCUUUCAGUAGCAGCGGCCCCUCUUCCAACGAUGUGAGAAUACGCCUCCAUCGCGGUCAGCUUCACCGAAAGCCCAUGCCGCCUUUCAGGAUGGCGCACACACAGCACCAUCUGCUAAGUGAGGCUCAGGAUCUCCAGGCUACACAGCACCACCUGGGUGACAAGCAGUCGAAGUCAUUUUGGUAUAUCCUGUCUUUGCGCAAUGUGAUCGUGGUUGCGGCAGUUGCCUCAAUCGUGUUUCUCGUUGCAGCAUUUGUCUUCGUUGCCUACAUCGCUCCGCCUUUGUUCGAGCUUACCACUCUGGGCAAGCAGACUUCUAGUCAUAGAGUCGCGAUCCACGAGGCUGUCGCGCGAGGCACACAUAGCCUGUGGAAGCCACUUGGACGGCCAGCCAGUCAGUUCACCAGUGCUUCUGAAGCGGCCCUCGCGUGUCUCGUGAAUACCGCCUCUGCGCUAGUGGAGUUCACCCAUGACAUGGCAUGCGUUUUGCUGUUUGGCCGUCUCAAGUACCAAUUAAGGGAAUAUGAUUGA